GUCAUAGGGGCUGAAUUUAAAUUUGGUCUUCUUCUUCAGAACACUCUUUUAGAGCUCUUUCGCUCACUGACGAACCGCCUACUCUCAACUUCCCAGGAAAUUACAGGCAAGACCCGAAUUCCAGUCAGUCUGUUUUAGUCAUGCUCGGAGACUUCUGCUUCUGUCCGUGUUUCGGUAACCGGAGCACCGAAAAUGCUACGACCAACGAACUCGACCCGGUUCUGCUCGUUUCGGGUAUUGGAGGUUCCAUUCUCAAUGCAAAGAGUAAAAAAACCGGGUCUCAGACCCGGGUUUGGGUUCGGAUUUUACUGGCGGAUUUGGAGUUCAAGAAGAAGCUUUGGUCUCUUUACAAUCCAAAGACAGGUUAUACGGAAUCACUGGAAACUGACCGUGAAAUUGUGGUCCCUGAUGAUGACUAUGGACUAUAUGCAAUUGAUAUCUUAGAUCCAUCAUUUUUCAUAAAACUUAUACAUUUGAAGGAAGUAUAUCAUUUUCAUGAUAUGAUAGACAUGCUAGUUGGAUGUGGAUAUAAAAAGGGAACGACUUUGUUUGGAUAUGGCUAUGAUUUCCGGCAAAGCAACAGGAUUGACAAGUUAAUGGAAGGUCUUAAAGUAAAGUUGGAAACCGCAUACAAAGCCUCAGGGAAUAGAAAAGUUAACAUAAUUUCCCACUCAAUGGGCGGGCUGCUAGUUUUGUGUUUCAUGUCGCUUCAUAAAGAUGUAUUUGCCAAGUAUAUAAGUAAAUGGAUUAGCAUUGCAUGCCCUUUUCAAGGUGCACCAGGAUGCAUCAAUGAUUCUCUGUUAACUGGAUUGCAGUUUGUUGAAGGCCUUGAAAGCUUCUUUUUUGUAUCAAGAUGGACUAUGCAUCAACUGUUGGUUGAGUGCCCAUCAAUCUAUGAGAUGUUGCCAAAUCCAGGCUUCAAGUGGAAAAGGCAGCCACAGAUUGAGGUUUGGCAAGAGGAAUUAAUCAAUGGAGAAUCUUCUGUCAAACUGGAGACAUAUGGUCCGCUUGACAGUGUUGGUUUAUUCGAAGAAGCAUUGAGGAACAAUGAGCUAAAUUAUAACGGGAAUAAAAUAGCGCUUCCCUUCAACUUUUCGAUCCUCAAAUGGGCUUCCGAUACACGCCAAAUCAUGAAUGAAGCUCGACUACCAGAUGGGGUCUGCUUCUACAAUGUAUAUGGAACAUCAUUCGACACACCUUUUGACGUCUGUUAUGGUUCGGAGACCUCUCCAAUUGAAGACCUCUCUGAAAUCUGCCACUCAAUUCCCCAGUAUUCUUAUGUGGAUGGAGAUGGAACAGUUCCUGCUGAAUCAGCUAUGGCUGAUGGAUUUGGUGCAGUUGAGAGGGUCGGAAUUGCUGCUACUCACCGGGGACUGUUGAGCAACAAGACCACGUUUCAACUCAUCAAAAAAUGGCUGGGGAUUGAUGAAAACAUCAGUAAGCAAUCAAAAACCUCAAGAGUGGCAGAUGCCCUAAUUCAGCCUGUACACAUGUAAAAUUCUUUUCUUCUAUCUUGAACAUGUUUUCAUCCUGUAGUUUGAAAAAACUGCAAUAUCAAGCUUGAAAACAAAACCAAAUUUGCUGUUGGAUUUAUAUGUUUACUUUACAAGUUUACUGUUCAAUGUUGUAAACUUAGAAAACUCUAUUUAUCAA